AUGGCCGAUAAAUACAACCAGCCUCCAUCCUACCCCCAGCCCACCCAGGGCCAAGCUGGCGACUACUACCAGCAGGGACCGCCUCCCCAGCAGUACGGCCAGCAGCCAUACGGCCAGCCUCAGCAGCAGUACUAUCCUCCACAGGGCGCUCCCCAGCAGCCCAUGUACUAUCAGCAGCAGCCGCCCGUGGACGACCGUGGAAAGAGCAGCAGCAGCGGCGGCCUCUGUGCCGGUCUCAUGGCCGGUAUGGCCUGCUGCUGCUGCCUGGACAUCCUCUGCUAG